GGCAGCUGCUCUGAGCCCUAGUUGGAGCAUAGAGUCCUCAGAGCAACUGCCAGAAUGGCUCCUAACAUCUCAGGGUUUGAGCAGUGGUGUUAGCAACUUCACUAUAAACAAUGGUGACAACGGCAGUGGUAGGAGGAGCUCCAAACGGAUGUCUCCUCGCAAGAAGCAACUGUCUGGAGAAUUUAUGGAGAUUGUUACUUAUUUCUGCCGAAAUCCAAACAACUCAUAUUAGCCUUAAAAUGGAUACUGUACUUUGCAUGAAAUACCUGAUGUUUUUCUUCUGUGUUCUGGUGUUUAUUGGAUCACUCUGCCUUAUUAUUGUGGCUAUCUGGGCAAUAAUUGACCCUAAAAGAAUUCUGGAUAUCCAUCCAAACUAUUUCUUAAAAAUAGCAGCUUCUAUCAUCCUCCUUAUGGGUCUACUGCUCUCAUGGCUGAGCUAUUUGGGCAUAUAUGCAACUGUUGCUGAAGAUGUAAAGCUGUUGAAGAAUCUCGUCAUAGUGGUCCUGGUGAUCUCCAUUGUGAAGCUUCUGGUCACUAUACUCCUUUAUUUCUUUGCAGCAAAGAUCCGUGACAAAUACCUUGUAAAUCAGCUGGCCAAGAAGUAUGAGGGAGAUGAUGGCACUAAUGUAUACUCUAAAGCUUUAAAUGGCUUCAUGAUCAUGUUUCAGUGUUGUGGAAUUUUAGGAUCUAGAGAUUUUCAGGAUGCUGAAUUUUUCAAAGAAAAGCAGCCCCGUGACUCAUGGCCACAAGCUUGCUGUACUCGAGGCAAAUCCCCUGAACCUGAGGAAAUUCUGGAUGUGAAGCUCUGUCAGGAAGGAAAAGAUGGAUAUGUCAAUAAUUUAGGCUGCUCCCAAGUAAUUGCAUAUUUCUUUUCUUGGUACACAUGGACUUUUGUGGGCUGUUGUUUAGGAGUAUUAGCUGCUGAGAUAUUUGUUAUGGCAACUGCAUGGUACCUGCAUCGCAAAUUAGAUGAUUGAUCUAGCUUGCUAAUUCAGGAGAAAAUUAAACAUACAAUACUGGGAAAAUGUA